GUACCAACAAAAAUGCCAACACAUUUGGUAACAAACUAAAAAUUCCCUAAUUCAAAAUGUCAGUUUUAUCUAACCUGUCAAAAUUUACCAUAUUUUCAAACAACAAUGUUUAGGACACGUUCGGUGCUCGCGAUUUUUUUAUUAAUCGCCGUGUGUUUCGACGAUGUCGAGUGUACACAUUUACGGGGCAAAUUCACCAAUAAAGAUUUCUUUAAGUUUCUUAUAAAGUUCGGUUUUCAAAAGACGGAUAGGCACCAAAAGGAGGCCACGCACGGUUACAUUUUUGGUAAUAUCACCUCUAAACAAACGUUCCCGGUACCCAUAACGUUCGCGGUUCUUGACCGAUCAUAUUUCCUCGAUUACUACCAAAAUAGGGUUAUAUUUGAUAAACGGGAAGCAUGCAAACAUAUGUUUCCACAGCUCAAAGUGAAGGCUUUCGACCCUGAUUGUAGUGCUGGCGGUAAUGAUUAUUUACGAAAGAUACCGUGUCCGAAAAAUAAACUUUGUGUUGAUGAGGAUUCACCUGAAAAUGUUAUCAAGGGUCAUCAAUUUACUUAUGUUAUUCAGGAUUUACAACAACCAUCAUUUUGGUAUUUAUCAAUGGUAGCAUGUUACCAUAAUAGCACAACAUGUGAUUGGCAUUACUAUGAACCAAAUCAACAUUAUGAAAUAGAAUAUGAUAUAUGGUUGGUAAAUGGAAGUCCAAACGUUUCAUUAAGCACCUUUACUUAUCAAUUUUCUUUCGAUCGACAAAACACGUUGGAAAUGUACCUCCUUUUUUGGUUAUGUUACAUGGUGCUAGUCCCAUUACAAUUACACGCCGUUCGAAUACAAAAACACCCUGUAACAAAACUAUUUACAGCUAGUUUAAUUUUGGAUUUUUUGGCUCUAUGUUUGAUUUUAAUACAUAAUUUGAAAUUUUCUUUGGAUGGAAUUGGAUAUCCGGGGUUAUCCCUUGCUGGGGAUAUAUUUGAUAUUUUAUCAAGGACUUCUUUUAUGUUACUUCUGCUUUUAUUAGCUAAAGGAUGGGCUGUUACCCGGUUGGAAUUAACCUGGAAACCAUUAGUAUUUGCUAUUUGGUUAUGCUAUGGAGUUGUACAUAUUUUAUUAUAUGUUUGGAAUUUAACGGAAGUGGAUAUAAUUGAAGAUAUAGAUGAAUAUCAAACAUGGCCUGGUUGGUUAAUAAUCGUUUUUAGAACCUUGAUUAUGAUCUGGUUUUUAUACGAAUUAAGGACGACGAUGUUAUACGAACAUAACACACAAAAAUUAAAUUUUUUGCUACAUUUUGGAGCGUCCAGUUUAGUUUGGUUUAUUUAUUUACCAAUUUUAGCUGUUAUAGCGCUUCAUGUAUCAGCAUUGUGGAGGUUUAAAUUAUUAUUAGGAAUGACUUAUUCAGCAGAUUGUUUUGCAUAUUGUGUAAUGGCACAUUUAUUAUGGCCAACAAGAUCAGAACAGUAUUUCCUCUUAGCAGGACCAUCGUUCGCUGAAUUGGAAGAGUUGAAUGAGUUUAAUGAAGCUCCUCACAUUGUAAAUAACUCAUACACCUCACUAAGUAGCGUAAGUUCAUUAGAUAUAGUAAGUAGGUAUGAUGAGUCGCUCAAGACGAAGGUAAACGCGUAAAUCAAGUCAAAACAAAAACUUAUUUACUAAAAAAAAAUAAAAAUAAAAAAAAUAAAUAAAUAACAAGAGUUAUAACAAAUACGUCGGUGAUUCUUAGGUCAAUUGAUGCGGACUGUUUUAAAUUUAAAUAAGUUAAAAUAAUUCGUAAAAUAAAUAUUAAGGUGAAGUGCUUGACACUUUUGAAAUAGUUAUGGUUAUUGUUGAACGUAUUUGAGGAGUAAAAAAAAAAGAAAAAAAAUGGAAUGAAUGUAGAGUUGUUUAUUUUGCACCUGUAAAACUCAUACUUUUUUGAAGGUGAUAUAUUUUUUAACGAGCAAUACGUAAUAUUUUAAACAAAUAGGAAGUAAUAUUAUAGAAAAUUUGAAAGAGUGUCAAGAAAUAGCGAGUAAAUAAACUAGAUUUGUAGAAAUGCUCUGUAAAUAAUGCACACAUUGAUUGCUACAAAAAAAAAACUUGCCGUUUUUUGAUUUAAAAGAAUGGAGUAAAUAAAUGAAGUUUUUGAAUGCAAACCAAAAAAAUUUAAAUUAAUGUGGUUGGUGCCAAUUUUUUAAGACUAGAUCAUACGUGGAUCAAAAAAAGGGGCUGUUCCUUUUAUUAAUUUAUAGUAUUUGGAUGUUAUUUAAGAUGCACCGUAAAUAAUAUGUGAUGUGGCACUUUAAAAAGUUAUUACUUUUUUCAAAUAGGCAGCAAAAAUUAAUUUUUAAAUAAAUAAAUCCGCUUUGUUUUUU